AUGUCACUUGUAGGCCGAUACAAGCGAGCCGGGCAGAUCAGGGAUCUAGAAGAGGUGAUUUCACUGUUCCCCACCCUUGAUAAUCAUCCUGGUCUUCCACAAUCUCUCAAUGGGCUAGCAAUGUCACUCGCUACUCCUAAUAGCCAUCCUAGGCUUCCACUACUGUUAAGCAGCUUGGUUAACGAACUUGGGAAAUAUACUCAGAAUACAGAACAAAGAAAUGGCCUUGAUGUAGCGAUGCAGGCUUUUCGCCAGGUGGUCACCGUCACAUCAGUAUAUCCUAUAGCACGGAUCGAGCCUGCUAUUAAUGAUCUUCAGCUCCUACUUAAGCAAAAUGAUCAUGACAGUGAGGUCUUUGAGCCUACAGGAUCAACAAUAUAUUGUCUCGCAUUUUUCUGGCUUAGCUACGCAAGCCUGCUCCCUCGCCCUUCAAACUGGCAGCCUAUUAAAAGAGCUCUACAAUUCUUAGAGAAGGGACAAGGUGUUAUCCUUAGUCUUCUCAUGGAUAACCAGAGGCUGCCUAUCCCGCUUUAUGUACUCUAUACGAAAGCCUUCGCGUCGAGGUAUAUUAACCGAUCGAUAGAGCCCAAUAUCAUCAGGCGGAUAAAUUCAUUUCUAUACGACAGUCAACAGCGCUCGCAGAGCUUGAAAAAUGUAUACAGGACAUACUCCACCUUCCAGGCUUCGACUCCUUUCAAUAAGACCUCACUACGGAGUAAAUAUUGA